CAGCAAGCACCUUUUGCAGAGUCUUUUGUUUUAAACUGUUUGCGUUGCACAUUUCAGCAUGGCUCCUAAAUCGCUUGCGGAACAGCUCGCUGAGCUGGAGGAUCCUACUCCUAGAGAUUUCGAUCCCGAGGAUCUUGAUCGCGGCGAUCAGGAUAGCGAAGAUGAGGGGGGUAAUGCGGGGGGUGCGGAUGCUGGACGCGAGCAUUAUCAAGCUGUUGGCAAGGGAAAACUUCGCAAACAGGAUCCGAUUGCCCUAGGCAAGCAGUACGCCGGCUCGAAGGUUAGCAGGGAGGCAUUGGAGGCCGACAGCGAUGAUGAUCCAUUCAAGGCUCGCUCGAGCGACGAGGACGAUGAUGAGGAGGAUGAGGAGGAUGAUGACGAAGAUCUCGAGCUAGGCAGCGAUGAGGACGACGAGGACAUCUCCGACGAAAGCGAGGAGGAAACCGCCCAACCAGCCAAGAAGGCCGGCAAGAAGGGCAAGAGGGAGGUCGAUUUCGACGACAUGGACACGGACGAGUCGGACGAGCUGGAAGGAUCCGAGGACGAGGACGAGGAUGAGUUCCCGUCCGACUCAGACGACGACGAGGACUCGGACGAGGAGGAGGACUCUGACGCCUCCGACAACGAAACGCCCAACCGCCGCGUCAAAUUCGACGACUCCACGACCAAGAAAUCCGACGACCGCGAAGAGCUCCGCAAACUGAUGGCCUCCGACCAAAAGACUAUCGCAGCGACGAUCUCGCAGGCCGCGAAGGCUGACGCCACGAAAGGCAAAGCCGUGAAGCAGCAGCGCGCGACCUUCGACGCGCUCCUCAACACGCGGAUCAAGCUGCAGAAGGGUCUGACAGCCAUCCAUCAGCUCACGCUCGCCGUCAACCAGCCGAAACCCGCGAACGAGAGUACCGAGAACACCGAAGCCGCGGAGGCCGAGGCCGAGGCUGACACCGACAGUCUGGACGGCGAGGCGAUCAAAUCCGCGGAAAGCGCCGCCCUCGCGCUGUGGUCCACGCUGGAGGACCUACGUCUCGCGCUUGCGGACGCGCACCACACGCAGCAGCAAGACGACAAGAAGCGCAAACGGCCCGCGGCCGUCACGCCGGGGACCUCGUCGGCCUCGCUCUGGAAGCGCAUGACCGCGCUCGAGGCCGAGUCGCUGGCGCACCGCCGCGCGGUCCUGGACAAGUGGUCGCAGAAGGUGCGGGGUGCGAACGCGCCCGCGCGCGGCAGCAAGUUGAUUGCGUCGUCGGGCUCGGGCUCGCAGACGAUCUCGGCCGUGCUGGACGCGCAGGUCGCGACCGAGACAGCGGGUAUCCGCGCCGUGAAGCGCGCCCGCACCACCUCCUCCUCUGCCAAUGGGGACUCGACUUCUACGACGAAGAGAGAUGUUACCGCCGCCGCCGAUGACGAGCAGCAACCGCUCUACGACGAUACGGUGUUCUACCAGUCACUGCUGCGUGAGCUGGUCGAGCAGCGCAUGUCAUCGUCCGACGCCAUCUCCAACGGCCUCGACUCGCUGCACCUGCAGCUUCCCUCGCGGCUGUCGGCUGUGCACCCGGUUACCGGCAUGCGCAAUGACAAGGUCAAACGCGACGUCGACACCCGCGCUUCCAAGGGCCGCAAGAUGAAGUUCGACGUCCACGAAAAGCUGCAGAACUUCAUGGCGCCCGAGGACCGUGGCUCCUGGACCGGUCACGCCCGCGAGGAGUUCUUCGCUUCGUUGCUCGGGAACACGGCUAGUGGGCUGCUACGGGAGGGUGAGGAUGAGGAGGAUGCUGUGGAUGAGGAGAGCGAUGCUGAUCGCGAGGAGGGCGGAUUGAGACUCUUCCGGAACUAGACUAGACUCGGCAGAAGGCUGCGUACUAGCAUACUUUGUAGCAAUUUGUUUGUACUGAUGGGGCUUCCCAUUGAAAAGGGUGU